AUGAAUAUAUCACCUACACCUAAAAGAUACAGCUCUGCUAGGUCUAAUAGAAAUGAAAAUAAUAUCCCUUCAAUGUAUUCAGAUCCAUUAUAUAAUGAUAAUAUGAAUCAAGGUGGUGGCAUUGGACAUCUUGGUGGUCCAAGAAAUAUAGGCAACGUUCCUACUGAAAAGAUAGUACCAGAGGAGUAUCGUUUGAACUCACAGAUGAUCAACAGAUUGAUUAAGCAAAAUAAAGAAUUGAACAAUAAACUAAAUUCAAAACAAGAUGAAAUAAAUAGACUGAAUUCAUUAGUGGGUUCUCUAAGGGCAAAGUUGAUUAAGUAUACGGAAUUAAAUAAAAAAUUGAAUUCUGAUCUACAAAAUUUUCAAAACAGCGAGAUAAUUAAUAAUAGUAUUACAGAAGAUGUAAAUGAUUAUAUACAGGUACCCAAAAAACGAUCAGUUACUUUAGGCACGUCUCCUGAUUCAAUGUCGACUCCAACAAUUUUAAAAAAUUCACAUCCUGUUGAUGAAAAAAUAAAUAAAUUAAAUGAUAAACUGGACAAAUUAACAAACUUGGUACUGGAGGAGAAAUCUUCUCAAUCUACCACUUCUAAUAAAUCCACAACACCUCCUGUAACAUCACAGCCUAAUUUAUUCUUCAGUAAAGGUCCUUCCGAUGAAGAUAUUAUGGUUAAAGAAAGUGUAGAAUUGAAAAAUCUGGAAGACCAAAUAGAUUCUCUAAAGAGAAAAUUAUUGAUAAAAAGGGAAAACGAAUUAAGAAAAAUAUCCCUAAAUCAAGAACUACUGGAAUUAAUGGAUAAAUUAAACUUACAAAAUCCAUCUAAUGCCCAACAAAAUUUCAAUAAUUUUGAUAUUUCUCCUCCACUAUCGAGAUCUAAUAAUGAAUCCCCAGAGUAUUGUCUAGAGUGUCAUAACAGACACACGAGUCAUAGUCAAAGCCAUAACAAUCACAAUAUCUCAAAUAAGCAACAAAAUAGCCAAUAUCAUCAUCAGCACCAAAAAGAAAGUUAUUUAAAGAAGCCAGAUCUUCCAAUAUCUAAUCCGUUGGAUACUCCGACACCUUUAAAUAAACGCCCAACUUAG